AUGUUGAAGAGUGUAAACCCCAUGACAUUCUACGACAUCGGGGAGCAGCAGUUUCCUACUUUGGGGUACAUCGUUAGCAAACCUGGCAAUGCAGGAGCCUACGAGAUCGACCCUCCUCUCCCGACCGUCGACGAUGUGAUCUACAGUUCAGAUGAGUUCCGCAUGUACGCUUACAAGAUCAAACGUUGUCCUCGGACUCGCAGCCACGACUGGACGGAAUGUCCAUACGCUCACCGUGGCGAAAAAGCCACUCGCCGUGACCCUCGCCGUUACAGUUACUGCGCCGUCGCAUGUCCGGCUUUCCGAAACGGUGCAUGUCACCGUGGAGACACAUGCGAAUUCGCACACGGUGUGUUCGAGUACUGGCUCCACCCGGCGCGUUACCGUACACGCGCAUGCAAUGCCGGGAACAUGUGCCAGAGGAAAGUGUGCUUCUUUGCCCAUGCGCCCGAGCAGCUCCGGCAGUCUGAGGGAAAACAUAGGUGCAGGUAUGCGUAUAGACCGGUGAGGACGUCGGGGGCAAGAGGCACAAACGGCGAUGGAGUGGGGAUAAGACAAGACGGUGAAGACUUUGACACGUGGCAGUCUCCGGUGAAAAGCGGGGAAAGUGAUUUAGAUAUAAACGAGGAGAGACUGUUGAAGUGUUGGAGUGGGAUGAGCAUUGUGGAUGAUCAUUAUGAGCCAUCCGAUUUGGAUUUAAAUUUGUCACAUAUUGAUUGGAUCUCAGAGUUGGUCGAUUAAAUAUGUAUAAAAGACCAAUGAAUAAAGUGGAUUUUGUUAUAAUC